UCGAAAAGAGAAGAGAAGAAUAAAGCGAAAGGCAUCCCAACACCCAAGCCUGUAUUAUAAUAAAACCAUCAUCUGCCGCUGGACAGAUAAGCUGUUCCUUUUUGUCUCUUCCUUCUGAUCCCUAGCUAUAACUCCCAGCCAUGGCGAUUGUUUUUAUACACAUAACUUCUGCUCACUUAUACUGAUUCCCAACCCCAACACUCAUCAUCUUCAACAGUAUUCACUUGCUAAUUAGCACUAAUUUCCAUACAUUCAUGGGCUCGAGAGCUAGAUGGAAGCAAAGAUGGUGCACGCAAACCUUAACUCCACUGCUAGAAGGUCCGGACCCCGAUAUGCAAGAAGAAGGUAACAAAAAGGAAAGUUCAUGGGAAAUAAUUCGUGAAUGGUUUCGAUUGCAAAGGGGUCUUUCUGCAGGAAACAAUUUUACAGUCUCCUUGUAUGGGAGCAUUCCAGCCAAAAGACAAGAUUUGAGGCUUCUACUUGGAGUAUUGGGUUGCCCUCUAGCCCCAAUCCCUCUAGUUAACGACCCCAUCCAUCGCAUUCACAUUAAGAACACACCCAUUGAAAAUUCUGCCGCGCAUUAUAUCAUACAGCAAUACUUGGCAUCAACAGGGUGUUUAAAGCAACAAAAAUGCAUGAAAAACAUGUACUCAGCAGGGAGUGUGAAGAUGGUCCGUUGUGAGACGGAAAUCUCAUCAGGAAAGAAUGUGAAGAGCUUGGGGACUAGAAGUGGUGAAAGUGGGUGCUUUGUUCUUUGGCAAAUGUUGCCAGGGAUGUGGUCUCUUGAAUUGGUCGUUGGAGAAAAUAAAGUCAUAGCAGGCAGCGAUGGGAAGACUGUGUGGCGGCAUACUCCUUGGCUUGGUACUCAUGCUGCCAAAGGACCCCAACGCCCUCUACGUCGCAUAAUCCAGCAAGGCCAGGAUGUAAAAGCUCAGGGAGAGGGAGAGCAUGUAUGGAAGUACCAAAGAUAUUUGGACCUCCCCCGUCAUCGUUCUUUACUAAUUAAUUGUUCAAGACUUGAAUUUGCUGCCUUCCAUUCUCAAACAAGAAGAAAAAGACUCAAAGGCUUAGAUCCAAAGAAUACAGCCAACUUAUUCGCUAAAGCACAGUGCCUAGGUGAGAAACGAAUCGGCGAGGAUGAUUGCUUCGUUUUAAAAGUAGCUGCAGACAGAGAAGCUGUAUUUGAAAGAAGUGAAGGACCAGCUGAAGUGCUCAGGCAUGUACUCUAUGGCUAUUUUUGCCAAAAAAGUGGUCUCUUAAUAUACCUGGAGGACUCCCAUCUAACCAGGGUACAAACCCCAGAAAACGAAACUAUCUACUGGGAGACUACCAUAGGAAGCAGUAUCGGGGACUACAGAGAUGUAGAUGGCGUGCUAAUUGCUCAUCAAGGAAGGUCAAUCGCUACAGUUUUUCGAUUCGAGGAGUUGUCUGUUCAGCAUAGUAGGACUAGAAUGGAAGAAGUGUGGAGGAUUGAUGAUGUUGUGUUCAAUGUGCCAGGGCUCUCCAUGGACUAUUUCAUCCCUCCCGCUGAUAUCUUUGACGCGUCCCCGUGAUUAACUGGCGUUAACUAUGUUUUUGAUAGUUUCGGUGGGUACUUUGUGGUGUAUUUAAUUUUCAAGUGUAGUAUGUAGCUGCUUUCCAAGUCAUGAAGAAAAAAAUAACCAGUUCUAGCUUGGGAUGGAAUAAUAUAUUGAAAAGUUAUUGAAUA